AUGUUGUCCAAGGCACUCGUGUCUGCCGCCGCUCUCGCCCUCGCCGUCUCGGCGCAGACGUCCACCACAUGCAGCCCUCUCAAGCAAGACUGCCCCGCGGAUCCCGCCGUUGGCAAAAAGAGCAUCCGCUGCGACUUUACAAAGGGCGCGUGCGACGCCUUUGAACACAUUGCCGGCAAGGAGGUGACGUACGGCCCGCGCGGCGCCGUCAGCGCCGUCGAUGCCCCGAUGCAGGCUCCGACGCUACAAUCCAAAAAGACCAUUUUUUUCGGCCGGCUCGAGGUGGAGAUGAAGGCGGCACCGGGAAAGGGUGUUAUUACCAGCAUCGUGUUGCUGUCCGACGAUCUUGACGAGAUUGACAUUGAGGCGGUCGGCUCCGACACGGCGCGCAUCCAGUCCAAUACCUUUUCGCGCGGCGACAGCACCCGCCACGACCUACUGGGCUACCUACCCGUCGCCGACACGACGGCGGCGGCGGGCCACACGUACACGGUGGACUGGACGACGGAGCGCAUCGAGUUUGCGGUGGACGGCGUGAGCCCGAUGCGGGUUAAGCUGGGCGCGUGGGUGGCAGGGUAUGAGGGCAAUGCGCCGGGCACGAUUGAGUGGGCGGGCGGCGUGGCGGACUUUUCAAGGGGUGCGGCCGAGGCCGUGUUUGAGCGUGUGACGGUGACGGAUUAUGCGGGUGGCAGCGCGGCUACGGAGAGGGACGUCGAGGAGUACUCGUAUGGAGAUCGGUCGGGCAGUUCCAAGAGCAUUCGGAUACACCUCGCCGACGGUACUACGAUUACUGGGGAGGCUCCGUCGUCUGGUGGCAGCGGCAGCAGCGGCAGCAGUGUCAGUGGCAGCAGUGUCAGUGGCAACAGUGUCAGCGGCAGCAGUUUCAGCGGCAGCAGUGUCAGCGGCAGCACCAGCAUCGAGACGGCCGAGUCGAGCUCGCCCGUGUCGUCGGCCGCCGCGGCCGCAUUCACCAAGGAAGUUCUGGCCAUGGGAAGGGCGGCCACGGAAAACAACUCGACCAUGAUCACAAAGACGACUGCAAGCACGCAAACGAGGGGUGAUGGCUCCGGCACGGCCACGCACACGGCCACGCGUUCGAGCGUACCCAGCGCGCCGCCGGUGACUGCCGCCGCCGCCGCCGGCCUGACUGUUGGUGCGGGCCUUGUUGCCCUUGCUAUCCUUUUCGCUCUGUAG